AUGAGCCCCAGCUUUGGCGAUGUUCAUCACAUGACGAACGAAGGCUUAGACGUCUUCGCCCGAAAAGUUGGAGGAUUUCUCGCCAAUUGGCAACUAGGUCGUCCUCCUCCACUUGGUUUAGACGCUUCAGGUGAUUCUUCUGUUUCUACUAACCUUAUUGGAAGCGUAGGAUCUUCUGUUUCUACCGAACUCAGUCUGACCGGAAACCGGGUACCGCUCGUGCUGGCAGAAACCGGCCAGCUGCUUGCCUCUUUAGUGAUUGGGGCGCAAGCUGCUGGCACAGCUAGGCGAUGCAGCCGGGCAGCUGCAGGGCUCGCCAUGCAUCGCCUCCUUGGAGUCGUAUACGCCUAUAUACAGACUGUUGAAGUAAAAAUUUAUACUUUCUUAUUAUCUUCCAAACGUUCUAUUCUCUUAAGAAGAGUGAAUUUUUUCUUUAUUUAA